AUGGGAAUUGUUUUGUUAUCGCUUAAUCAGCCGAUUUCAAAACGAGCGAAAAAACAAAGCGGAGAGCACGAACACCGCUUUUUUAGCAUCGAAGCGAGCGAGCAUAUAAAUUGCGUGGCACUCGAUGCCAUCGGCUCAUUGUUGUUUGAAACUCUGUCACGUGCGCUGGUAGCACUGAAUCACUUUCGUAGACAAUUUUCAAAACCAAGAAACUGUAACUUUUAUAGUGUGCCAGAAGUCAUAUCUUCAACAAGUUGUGCAUUUACAAUUUCACGUGUAAUCAAACAUAAAUUAAGCAAGCAAAACAGAACCACCACACAAGGUUUCGUGCAUUUUUUAACAGUGAACUUGAGAAGCUCACAGGGAUUUUCAUCGACUGAACAAAGCGAUUGCGAAUUGCAUUCUUUUUCGGGAACUUCUUUCUCACAUCAGAAAACAAAGAAUCUUCUCGAAAUGAAUUCAACACGGCAAUGGUGCACUGUGCUACUUGUGGUUGGAAUCAGUAUGCUGUUGAUAUCAGUUGCAGAAUCAGCACCGAGAUACUCCGGCUACUAUUCAGAAAAUGUUGAUGAAACGCCGGAAGAUGUACUGAUGGAAUUGAUCGCCAGGUUUGGACAGACCCUCAUGCGAGCUCGCGAUGAAGUGGCAAACUCCAAGCGCACAGUGGAUUUCGGUUUGGGUCGCGGUUUGUCUGGUGCGAUUGAGGCAAAACAUCGUCUUGGAAUGGCAGCUGCAAAUUUCGCAGGUGGACCCGGCCGUCGACGACGAUCUGAGAACACCGUCUAAAUGCAAUUCAAUUAAAAUUUCUGUACAAAAUCAUGCCGAAGAGAGAUUCCAUGCAAUCGGAGAGCUAAAACCACAAACUGUCUUAAUUUCGAAUGCCUAAGUUUUCAAUUUACAUUUUUUCCCAUCGCAUCUAUUUUGGCCACAUUUUAGUUUUGCAUUAGAUUUGAGUUUAACCUUCCCUCACAUUGUAUCUGUAGCAGCAGCCGCAGCAGCAGUUUCAUUUCAUUUCCACAUGAAUUGAACGGAUGGAUGGAGAGAUACACACAUGCCAACAAUUUUACGUCUUUUUUUCUGCGAUACAGCUCUAAUGUUAAGAGGUAUCAGAUUUUCGUGUAUAUUUUUGUGAAAAAAAAAACCUUCAUUUACCAUCCAAAGCAAAGCAAACCAAAGGAAUGUAAACGUAAUCUUAUCAUCAAUGAACAUAAAAAACCCGAAAAUGCGAUGUGAAUAUAAUUCCGUCGACAUUUUCAAACAAAACCCCUUACACAUACAUGCAGACACCAUUUGUGUCACACAAAGUUUCACACAAACAAACAAAACUAAACAUAAAACCAAAUAAACAUAUAUUUUUCUUGAAUUUUAAUAAAUGUUAAAAUUAUAAUGGAUUUCAUAAAAAAAGCAAAAAAAAAAACAAAUGGCAUAUGAUAUACAAUACUGAUGGGUGUGAAUGUAUGAUUUCUGGCCGAUGUACCGGAAUGGUGGUAAAACAGUCCACUGGAACCAAAAUUUGUACAAAGUUAAGCCAAUAAAAAUAUUGUUUGACAAUGACACCCAUUCACACACAGAAAAUCAUUCAUUCCAUCCGAAAUCAGUAACACACACCAAAUUUUAAGUCCAAAAAUAUUUAAUGAAAACAAAAAAAUACCAAAAAACAAUUAAAACAUUUAUCUAUGAAUAUGUAUUUCAUGUGAAAUUUAUAUUAUUAACAACCAAAAAAAAAAUACAACUAUCAAUCUAAAUAUAUUUACGGUAGAUGUUGAACUAUAGCAAAAUAAUGCUACAAAAGAAAUCUUACAAAAAUGAUUAAUAUUGAACGUAAAAAAAAAAUCAAAUCUAACUUGAAUCAUUCUUUUUAACAAGCAUAUGAUAUCAACGAGGUAUGCACUUCAAUCUAUAUUUAAUCCCCUUAAUACCUCAUACGAAGCCAUCUUUUUUAUUUUCUUCUCACCAUAUGUACUUUUCUUCAAUCGUCAAAUUUCAUUUUGUUUCCCUUGGUUCCUUUGACAUUUGAUUCCUAU